AUGAGACGUCUGCUCCUCCUCGGCGCCGCCGCCGCGGCGCGCGCGGCGCCGCGGCUCGUGCUCGUCGGCGAGACGGGCGCGGGCAAGUCGACGCUCGGGAACCGGCUCCUGGGCCGCGGCGCCUUCGCCGUCGGCGGCGGCUUCGACGCCGUCACGGCCGCCGUGCGCUGCGAGACGGGCCGGUGGCGCGGGCGGCCCGUCGAGGUCUGCGACACGCCGGGCUUCAACGACGACGGCCGCCGCGACGGCGACACGGCGGCGGCGAUCUUGAGCGUCGCGAACGGCACGGCGGGCCUCGUCUACGUCCACAACGCGCGCGCCGCGCGGCUCAGCCGGAGCGCGCGAAGAACGAUGAAGCUCGUCGUCGCCGCGAUCGCCGACGGCGGCGCGCCGCCGCCCGUCGGCCGCGUCGCCUUCGUGCUCACGCGGUCCCUGGGCGGCCUCGACGGGCCCCUCUGGCGGCGCCAGCUGCCGCCGGCGCUCUGCGCCAAGUUCGGCGCGUGCGCCGCGCCGCCGACGCUCGCCUUCGCGGGCGUCGGCCGCGCGGCCGUCGACGCCGCGGCGCUCGUCGCGCCGCGCUUCCGCCGCGCCUUCGGCGCCUGGCUCGACGCCGUGUCGCGCGAGGCGCCGCUCGCCGCCGCGGCGCCGCCGGCCGACGCCGGCGCCGCCGCCUGCGACGCGCAGGAGGCCAAGUGGCGCGCCUGCGUCGCCGCCGCUAAAACCUAG